AUGCCUCCGACGAUGCAUCCGCGCACCAGCACAGCAUCCGUCGAUGCUGCUUCUCCGUCCAGCUCGAAACGACGUCGCCGCGGCGAAGACCGCGUGGCUGCUGCAUGCGACCUUUGCAAGAGCCGCAAGGUGAAGUGUGAUGGGAACCUGCCUUGCUCAUACUGCUGCAAAAGAUUGCUUAAUGCGUCGUGCGCAUUCUCGGGACCGAGAACACAUCGGAACGGAUCUAACACAGACGGGGUUUCCGAUGAUGAAGAACCACGGCAGCGGAAUCCCAUAUCACGAUCUGGGCCCGGCGGUAAUACAACGGCGACGACAGCAACAACAGUGCUUACUUCGACACAUCGCGCAGGAAAAGUUAAUGGAGCCCGACAAAACACCGCCGUUCCUUUGGAGGCGCGGCUCGUACGCGAUGCACAGGGCAAGAUGAUUUUCAUCGGUGAUUGUGCGCCGCUAUCGUUCUUGCAGACUGUGCGGCAGUUGAUUGCGACAAAGCUCACCACGUCGGCCGAGUUGCCCGCACAUCUCUCGCACGACUCCGUCAUCGAAGUACGAAGAUCGAAGCAUGUCAAUAACAAUGGUCAAUCCGAGGCGCGUUCCGCCCGAAGGAUCCGAUAUGAGGAGAUAUCCGACCUACUACAAUUUUAUUACACAGCGACCAGCGGUCUGGUUGACUUUCUGGACGACGAAGCGCUUGAGCGGCAGGUAGAGGAGCGAUUUCGCGAAAUUAAUGGGUCCAAAGGAUCUGACCUUGAUGAGCACGACGUUGGAAAUGCUCUACUGUAUCUGAUCAUAGCUAUCGGUCUCCAACACAUGGACGAUGAUAAACGUGCAGAUUUCUGGUUCGAGCGUGGACGACGAAUUUUGCUCUUGCAGUUGGACAGCGACAUGACUAUCUUCAGCGUCCGCGGAUUUGCUUUGGUGUCAGUGUUUAUGCUGAGAGGAUGUCAGCUUAACGCAGCCUAUCUCAAUUUUGGACUGGCUGCCCGUUCUGGUUAUGCCAUUGGGUUGCACCGAAGUGAAGUGAAUGCAUCUUUUGGACCUAAACUCCAUGCCUUACGGAAUCGAAUCUGGAAAAGCUUGCGAGUGGUCGAUAUGCUUAUGAGCAAUAUGUUAGGUCGACCAACCUCGACCGCUGAUAUUGACUGCACAAUCCCAUAUGACAAACUCGAAGAUAAUCGACAUCAUCGGCUCGAUGCAAGUCUACAAAUAUUCCUUGUUAUUGAACGUAUCGUCUUAGAGGUGUAUUCGCGGAAAUGUAUAUCGCUUCGCAUCGCAGAUUACAUCUCGCAUCAGAUCAAGCUAUGGGCUGGCAAAUGGAUGGCAGACUUCACUGAAAUUGUCGAAAAUCCCCGACAAUGGCUGAGACGAGAAGUGCUAGGUGCCUGCCGCAACUUGUGCUCGUAUUACUACAGCAUUAUGCUACUCACCCGACCUUUCCUCAUAUAUCAGCUGUACGACUACCUAGGCGUCUCAUCCACAUCCCGUGGUUCACACGCUGAACAUCAGAACAAAAUGAAAUUUGGAAACGCUGCGCUCGAUGCUGCGAGCAGGAUGGUUGAAGUCAUGUGUGGUAUGAUUGAUGAAGCCAUUAACCAGCGAGAACCAAUGGUCAUAUCCUGGUUGUUCACCGCUUCACUUGUCCUCACAAUAGGAUUGCUCGGACCGGAUGGGUCUUCCUUCGAGGAACACUGUCGUAAAGCGAUAAAGUGCUUGGGAUACUUUGCCGCCUCCUCCGACCCCCACGCGCAACAGUAUCUGAAUGCAGUGAAUGCCAUAUUCGAUAUCACACGUACUCAUGCAUUGGAGCGGGAAGUACAGCACCGCAAGGAAAGGAAACGUGCUUCUGCCGCCUUAUUUGGUCUAUAUUCCGGAACCGACCGCGUAUUGGGGCAUCAGGAUUCGACUGCGUUACGUGAUAGCGUGGAGAUUGCAACAGAGCCACCCGAAUCAAGCGCCACCGAUUUGACCACCGGCUAUGGGGAUAUAUUCGCGCUUCCAUGGCUUGAGGGAAAUGACCUUGAUCUGCAAAGCUUCCUGCGGCCCGACCGUGAAAGCGUGGAGGGCGGCUUCAACGGGGUUCCUCUCUUUCCAAUCCACGACCAGCGGCCAACAAACACCGAUCCAGAUCUGCCGUGGCUGUGA